AUGUAUAGUAAUCUCAUCAGUUCAAGUUAAAUGAGUCUUAAAAGAGAGUCUAGUAUCAAUUUAAUAGAAUAGAAUGAUAUGGUACUUAUAUUUGAACCUAAAACAUUGUUCUAAUGUUUAUCAACUUUACUAUUUUAGACUGACAUAUAUCAAUAGUAAAUAAAAACCUUAUGUUUAUAACAUUUUAAAUAGCAUCAUAAAACAUCGAAUAAUGUGAGUUCUUUUGCUGAAUAUAUGAUAAAUUAGCAAUCAGAAUAAUUUGAAUAUGUAAGAGUUUUCAAUGAAAAUAGCUUAAUUUAGAGUUAAUAUCUUAGAUUUUUAAAGUGAAGAUUGAAUUAUACUUUAUAGAUGAUGGAUUGUUAUCUUUGAUUAUAAAUCAUGGAUUCAAGAAGACGAUAAGGAUAUUUAAGGAGGAUUAUAAUUAUUUUGAAUUAUAUACUAAUUCAUAUAGGAAAAAGUUUAAAUUCAUUAAGAAGAUAAUUGAUUAGACAAUAAAUUCAUUUCUAUAGCUCACCAAUACAGUGCAAUAUAAAAGAUCUAUUCCAGUUGAGGGCAGUUAGAAAUUGCAUCCAUCAAUAGAUAUGGUGAUCAGAGUGAAUGAUUUAGAACCUAUAGGAUAAAGUGUUUAAAGUGCAGAAGCUCAUAAAAUUGAUAGAUAGUAUUUACCUCCAACUCUCACGCCAUAGACAUAAAAAAUUAGAAACGUUAAAUAAGAGUAUUCAGCUAAAUUAACUAAUCCUCCUGCCACUUCUAUCAUGUAAUAAAAGGGGCAAAGAGUCUUUAAUUUUAAAGUUUCCCCAGAAACAUAAGCUUAAUUAAUUGAAGAGUAAGAUGACGAUACAAGAUUUUUAUAAGACAUAGUCAGGUUAACAAAAAUAUAUAAAAUUUUAGAUAAACUUCAUCAAAUCCAUAAUAAUAAUAAUAGUAGAUCAUUGCAAGUUAACCAGAAAGAGUAAUUGGAUAUUUGAAAUUUUAUAAUGAAAGCAAACAAUAUGGAUUUUUUUUAGAUGAUAAAAAUAAAAAAGACAUAUUUGUUCAUUAGGAUGAUUUUAAAAAGUCUUCUGUAGAUCCUGAAUGCUAUGAAAAAAAGAAGAAAGGAAUGGUUCCAUAUUUUAGCUAUUAAGUUAUCAUUUAUUAAGGGAAAAAGUAAUAGAAUGUUAAAGCUAUCGAUAUAAAAUUUGAAAGAUAUGAUUUAUAAAAAUGA